UGAAUGUAUCCAUCCCUCUCGUUCAACCUUACUUCCAAAAUAAAUAAAAGUCGCACAAAUUACACCAAGAAAAAACCCCAUUUCUCGCAACCACCAUAAACCACCGUAACCCAUGGGCCAUAACCACCAUUCAACCACCUCAAUGACCACCACUAAAAGACCAUCAAACACCACAAGCAGCAACAACAACACAUGUACACACAACAAUCACCAUCACAACACACCAUCAGCCACCUUAGACAUCUUAAUCCUAACCCUAACCUUAUUUUCCGGUGCUUUUUUAAUCUCAUCGUAUUUCAACUAUAUUUUCCAUUCUCUAUCUCUCAUCUUGCCACCACUUUCUCUCUCUAUAUCUAUCUCUCAGACCCAUAUCGUAUUUUUCUCUGUUUUUUUCGUAAUUUCUUUGACACUCACUUUGAUUGUAAGUUUUUCGCUUUGUCAAACCGGGUCAAGAAAAUGUGGGAAAAAGGGGUGUAAAGGGUUGAAAAAAGCAAUGGAAUUUGAUUUGCAGUUGCAGAGUGAGGAAAUGUUGAGAUCUGGCAAGGUUGGGGGAAUUGGUGGAGUUGUUGAUGAUCUGCCUUGGAAAGGCGGUAGCGAGACGAACCCCGACUACGAGUGUUUGAGAAGUGAGUUGAGAAAAAUGGCUCCUGUUAAUGGAAGAGCUGUUUUGUUGUUUAGGUUGAAAUGUGGUUGUCCUGUUGCUAAACUUGAAGGUUGGGGUCCUAAACGUGGCAGACGGAACAAAAAGAGUUUGAGUCUCAACUGAGGAAAUCAUGGCUGAUAUACGAGAUGCAGUUGGUGUUAGAGUCAUCUGUGUUUCUUUGUCUAUUAUUAUUACCCUUCCAGAAAUUGGGUUGAUUCUUCUUUCUGAGACAUAAUUAGAACAAUUCUUCAAACUUAUAGUUAGAAAAGAAAGACAGAUUGUUGACCAUGUUUGGUUGGUAUAUGAACCUUUUUUAAGAGUAAUACUAAAUUAAAUAUGAAUAAAACAUAAACAGUUUACUGCA